AUGACCAAUCAAAAAGACCCCGAAGAGCGUGAAAAGGUCGAGAUGGCAAAAAUAGACAGUUUUGAGCCGGCACAUGAUGCCGUCGUGGGCCAAGGAGUCUGCGUUGACUCCAAUCAACUGCUUCGCCGUCUGAAUAAUCGCCAGAUUCAGCUUAUCGCCAUUGGUGGAUCAAUUGGUACCGGCCUCUUUGUUACAAUUGGGAGUGGCCUCCAUGCCUCAGGUCCGGCCGGAUUGCUACUGGCCUUCAUCUUCUACUGCAUUUUUUAUCCUGUGGCUGGAGGCUUUGUCCGUCUGGCUGGUCAUUUUGUUGGCGAUGCGUUCGGAUUCAUGGCUGGCUGGAACUACUUUAUCUAUGAGGCACUUGUCAUUCCCUUCGAGAUCGGAUCGCUGGCAGUUCUUGUCCAAUAUUGGAAUGAGGAUGCCCCAAUAUGGGCGGUAUGUCUGGCCUGCAUCGUUCUUUACACAGUCAUCAACUCCCUAGUGGUGAAUGCAUACGGCGAGGCUGAAUUUUGGCUUUCGGGUGGUAAAGUUAUCUUGGUUAUUGCUCUGUUCAUGUUCACCUUUGUGACGAUGGCCGGUGGUAAUCCGAAGCACGACAGCUACGGGUUUCGCCAUUGGAAUAGUCCAGGAGCCUUCGCGGGAUACCGCUCAAGUGGUAGUCUUGGCCACUGGGAAGGUUUUCUAUCUGCAACAUGGAGUGCGUCCUUCUGUAUCGUCGGACCUGAAUACAUUUCACUAGUCGCAGCUGAAGCAAAACACCCGCGAAAAUACCUGAAAUCAGCAUACCAAACGAUCUAUUUCCGAUUUUUCUUCUUUUUCAUUAUGAGUGCUCUUGCCGUGGGAAUUGUACUUCCAUACAACGACCCGACCUUAGUUAAUUUGCUUCUUGGUAAUGGGAGUGGUGCAGGUACCGCUGCUGCCUCGCCCUACGUUAUUGCAAUGAAGAACCUUGGAAUCAGCGUCUUCCCACAUAUCGUAAACGCCCUUCUGGUUACGUCUAUUUUUUCAGCUGGGAAUACUUAUGUCUACUGCACUUCUCGUAGUUUGUACAGCAUGGCGAUUGAGGGCCGCGCGCCUGCGAUCUUCAAAAAAUGCACGAAGCAGGGUAUUCCAAUUUACUCCUUGGCAUUGACAAUGGCAUUCGCAUGUCUAUCCUUUUUACAGGCAACCCCAAAGACUGCGAGUGCCCUGAGUCUACUUUUGAAUUUGGUUACUGGAGGUGCCUUCAUCAAUUACUUCGUCAUGUCAGUGACAUAUGUCUACUUCUACAGGGCAUUGAAAGCGCAAGGAGUUGAUCGUAAGACCCUUCCCUAUUACGGCCGUUUCCAACCCUACUGUGGCUAUAUUGCGAGUGUCUUUUUUCUACUCGUGAUAGGGGUGUUCGGAUAUACGUCCCUCGCGCCAUUUAACACCAAAAGCUUCUUUAGCUGUUAUACAAUGGCUCUUUUGUCGAUCUGCUUCUAUCUCAGCUGGAAACUUCUCAAUCGAGGGGGACCUAAUGGGCCUAAAGAUGUGGAUCUUGUUUGGGAACGUCUACAAGUUGAUGCUUACGAGGCCAUCGCCGUUGAUGAUGAAACAACAUUCUGGGGCGAGAUCGCACAGCUUUUAUACAUCAAACGUAAAUCAACCUCUUCUGUUUGA